AUGAACGAAGGUGUCGAGUCUAGAAAGGUGAAGCGCGACGAAAACGUAUCGUCCGACGACGAGUUAGGAACAGACACAGUUAUGCAUUGUGUCGUUGGUGGAGCUCAUGCAUUCAUUUUGAGGAUAUCCAGUUUUUUCGGUCUAGCACCGUUACGGUUUGAGUCACGUUGCAAUGGAUUCACCGUCUCCAUUUCGAACGCUAUGUGUAUCUACAGCUACAUCCUCGUUACAACCCUAGUAAUUUCUACGAUAUUCGGACUAGUGGCAGAGAUAAAUGUUGGCAUCGAACGCUCUGUGCGUAUGACGUCGAGGAUGUCACAAGUGGUCUUGACGUGCGACGUGCUCGUAGUAGUGGUAACCGCCGGUGCUGGAGUCUACGGUGCACCGAAGAGGAUGCGAAAUAUGCUUAAGUUUAUGGACAGUGUCGCUUCUGUAGACCAUAGCAUCGGCGCCUACUAUUCCCGUGCUACGGAGCGCAAAUUAUGUGGGAUAUUACUCGCAUUCCUAAUCUUCUUCUCUAUUCUUCUUGCCGAUGACUUUUGUUUCUAUACUCUGCAAGCUUCAAAAUUCGAAAGAGAGUGGAAUUUUGUGAUCAACUACAUCGGAUUCUAUUUGCUGUGGUAUGCGGCAAUGAUCAUAGAGUUGCAGUUCGCUUUCACGGCGCUAUCCAUUCGCGCGCGCUUUCAAGCUGUCAACGAUGUGCUAGCUUUGACAGCGAAGAUUGUUUCUGCGCCAGUAAGGAAAGUUAAUGAUCCGUCCACGCUUAACAUAUUGGCAAUUCGCGUGGCUGCUACAUCGGAACCGCGCCGCUGUGGCAACGUCAGUCUUCUUGUGGACAAACUACACGAGCGAGACCAUGGCGUUAUAAUUCGCAACACUGUGACUGGUGACCCUCGUCUCGUGGUACCUCCUUGCGAAGCGAUCCGCAGGCUGGCAUGCUUACACGGAGCGCUCUGCGACGUUGUGCAGGAUCUCGACCAAAGCUAUGGUCUGCCACUGAUACUGAUUCUGAUAUCAACAUUACUGCACUUGAUUGUAACACCGUACUUUUUGAUUAUGGAAAUCAUUGUUUCGACGAACAGGACUCACUUCCUCGUGCUGCAAUUCCUGUGGUGUGCAACGCACAUGCUGCGCAUGUUUGUUGUGGUAGAGCCAUGUCACUAUACAAUUGUUGAGGGUAAAAGAACAGAGGAUCUGGUUUCUCGGCUGAUGAGAACAGCGCCUUCUAAUGGCAGCCUACCGACGCGACUUGAAGUAUUCUCGAGACAACUUUUGCUACAGUCUAUCGCCUAUUCACCAAUGGGAAUGUGUACGCUGGAUCGUCCUUUAGUUGCCUCUGUACUUGGCGCUGUAACAACUUACCUCGUGAUUCUCAUACAGUUUCAAAGAUAUGAUAGUUAA